CGAUAAAGUAGAUCGACAUUGAGGAACAUUUUUAUAACAGAGUACACAGCUCUUAGUUCCGCCAUCUUGCCAUUCCUCAUCGUGACCACAGCAAGAGAAAUAACUCAGUUAUUCCACUGUAAAAGCGCGAGAGAGAUUUACAGACACAUGACAGUUUGCUCGUUUCUCACCACGUGGUGUAGACGCUGGUCCUGUACAGGGGAGACCACUGUCAACAAUGUCUGCUCAUCCGUCGUCUGGUCAGGGUAAGCGACCUAAAGGAGGAGGUGGUAGCCAGAGUUCUAGAGCCGGUGGUGGGGUCAAAGUUUACCUACACGCUGUGACUGAUGAACAGGCGGCACUACUUACAGAUACAGUAAACACACGUCCUCUGGAAGAGGUAAAGAAAAACACAGGCGCUGACAUAGAGUUUGACCCCAACCCCUCACCUGUACCAGGUAUGAAGAUUCUUAUCAUCCGCGGUCUUCCUUCUCAGAUCGAGGCUGCAGUCAGGCUCAUCAGCCAGAAGAGUGGUUUAAAGGACCCAUUACCAGACCAGGCCCAGACAUUCUGGCUACAGUGGGUGGAGGCCGCGUUCCUCAUCUCGACUCUCGCGCCUACUUCCUGCCUCCUGUCUACGUAACCGCGUGCCGAAUGACUAGACAGGC